CAUUCACACCACUCAUAUAGGUUAUGGCACGGAAGGCUGCACCGCUCUCAUGCCGUGGUUGGCAUCUGAGUGUGGCUCCGCAAUUGCAUCACUUGUACAGUAGCAGAAAUUUUGGAGCAGGGCAGAAUGGAUCAGAAGCAGGAAGAGCUCAACGGAGAGCAUUCCUGUUCUGGGAGGAUGCAGGUGUUUAUAGUUGUACAGGAUUUGGAAUGGUUUUGUAGGAUUGAAGCUAUCGAUUAUCUCUAACGAAUUGUGAUUGCCUCGACUCAAUUCUUCUUCUACAGCUGGGAAAUUCCUUUGGCAGCAUAUUAUGUUUGUUGGGUCAUUUCACUACUACGCCAAUGGGGUUUUGGUGUUUUGGUGUGCGUGUAGCCCUAUUUGGUUUUUUGAGCUAAGAGUGCUCAACCCAUGUCUUGGUGCCCGGUGUUUCCUCAAUUGGAUUGCGCGAAUUCGUAUUGUCGAUAAUUGUCUGGCUCUACAGUAUAUCCUUGUUUAGGUAGGGUAUUCUGUAGAAGUAAAGAAGUGGGAGGGAAUUUGCGACGAUGAGCUACGUCGAUGAUUUCACCAUUACAAGACACAGAAAACUUAGGAACGAUGACCGUUGCUAAAUUCAUUUCUAUUUAAUCACAUCGUUACCCUCAUAGUUCAGCGACCCAGGUCACAAGAUGGAAGAGGACUUCAGCAAUUCCGUGGUGCUGGUGAUCACCGAGGGUGAUCACGACUCACGGAAAAGGAGUUUGUCCAGAGAAAUCGAUGGGCAGGAGAUGGGGUGUGAAGAAUGGCAGUCUCUUGUUGCAGACUCAUUUACAUUGAAUGAGAUUCGCAUUCGUGUCGACAAGGAGCUGCUUUCACAGCACUCGACUUACUUCAAAGGUUACUUGAACUUCAGUGAACGCAACUGUGAAAGCUUAAACGUGAAUUGGAGUCUUCCUAUUUUCUGCGAUCUCUUACGAUGCAUCCAUGGUUUUGAGCCUUGCUUAUCUUCGUCUAUGAUUGCUUCACUUAUUGAGGGAGCUAUCUAUUUUGGUGUGGAGGAUGUCAUCACCAAGUGUAAGGCCUGGGUAGCUUCCGAUACGUUCUGCGUAAAAUGGAAAAUUGAGGACGACCUUGUUUCCGAACUUUUAUCGAUUUGGCUUUCCGCCACAGUAAAUGGUGUGAAAUCUAUCGAGCAGCUUUGUAUCAAGAGUCUUGCUGUCAAUUUUGCACAGGCGAUGCGUCAGGAAAGUUUUGUUACUUUGCCUUUGUCACUGCUUGAAGCCAGUAUUGACCAUCCACAGCUCACAAUUAAAAGUGAAAUGGAUUUGUGUAAAGCACUGCUACUGUGGUACGAAAGUCAAAAACGUAACUCACGUAACGGUGCCGUUGUUGACGAUCCAAUUUUGCUUUUCAAAAAGAUACAACUGAAUCUGCUGCCUAUUGAUUUUAUCUUAAGGGAACUGGUAGGGAAGUAUCCGUUGAAUAUUUUUCACGUAUCAGUAGCUGCAACUGAAUCGGAUGUGGAUGUAUUAAAUUCAAUUAUUGACUUCAAAGGUGAGCUGGCUGCGAAGCCAGUCAAAGAUUACUUGAAUUUCAAGCCUGUAAUACGUCUUACGGAUCAUUUAAAGGAGUUGGAUUUAUCUGGCUGUCAUCAGAUCACCUGUCACCACUUGAUUUCAGCGGCAGCACAAAAUGGAAUGAAACCUAAGAGGAUAGCACAGAAGACUCUGGUUACAAUUGAGCAGGAAACAUGGCCGGAACUUGCAGAGUUCAUCAAUCUAGAGACACUGAUUCUGUCCCACUGCUGGCGUGUUGAACAGAGGAAUCUAGUUACUUGGCUAAAUCUUGUAUGCCCAAAUCUUCGUGAGCUUCGAGCACCACAUUGUCCCCAGUUACUGCAGGUGAUUCUGGAAAUUGGUUCUGGUCUUCCAAAUCUUUCAGUGCUUGACUUGUCUGUAUCCGAAGAAUUGGUGGAAAUUGAGGGAGUUGUGACCAGAACAAAGUCAACAAUUUCACAAAGAUUACCUUUGCGGUGGUCUUUUGGAAAACUGCAUGAAACCAACAAGUUAACAGACCUUUCAUUACGGGGCCAUUCGGAGAUUACAGAUGAAAUUCUAUUGUUCAUUGCAAGGAGCUGUCCAUUACUUCGGGUAGUGGACUUGGGUGGCUGUUUGGAAUUGAGCGAUGUCGGCUUUGCAGCUUUUUUGAAUUUUCAGGAAAAUCUUGCUUUCCAGUGGAACUGUUGGGGAGUUUUUCAUCAGAAACUCUCUGCUGCUGGCACAAGAUUUGGCCCAGUUUCUUGCAAAGCACUGAUAUCGCAAGCGAAUAUUUCAGUUAACGUUCUGGAUACCUUGAAUCUUAACAAAUGUUUAGCCCUGGGGUGUGGACACCUGAGCAACUUAUUGCAAGUAUUGCCCUCUUUGGUCUCUUUAGAACUUGCCUUUACCAGACUCGAUGACAUGGCUCUCUCAGCAUUCUCUGGGACCAGUUUGAGGCACCUCAAUAUUAGAGAAACAAAGGUCUCUGGAGGAGUUCUCUACCGGAUUUUGGCAAGGAAUUUUGAUUUGAAGGAUUUGAACAUUCGAGGAUGCACACAGCUGGCACUGAACUCUUUUGACCAUCUGCCAUCUGAGAAAACUUUUGAGAGAAUGUGGGAGAAUGUGGGAAUUGGGUGGGGUUUAUCAGACUCAACGAUUUCGUCGUUUGGUUUUGCAUCCUGCACGCUCCAAAACUUUGCUGUUGGAGUAGGUGGAACCAUCAGUGAGGAGACCCUGUUGUGCAUUGCUGAGCAAUGUCACGAAUUGAAGCGACUCUCUUUAUGCUUUCAGUUUGUUGCCGAUGAAGGCUUAAUACAAGCUGUAAGUCAGUUGAAAUCCCUGCAUACGUUGGAGCUUCAAAACAUGGCAUGCGCCCCACGCAACCUUCUAACAGAAAUCGCAUCCAGCUUACCAAACUUAAGGAACCUUAAGCUUGAGCGAGUCACACCCUUGCUUUCGGAUGAUGAUCUUCUCCUGUUCAGUCAAUCGUGCACGGGACUACAGAGUCUAUCUCUUUUAGGGUGCCAUCUAUUGACCAGCAUUUCACUGUCUACCAUGGCACAUUCUUGGCGUGGACUUCAAGAUCUUCGGCUUGAGGAAUGUAAGUACAUAAUUACUGAAGAAAACGUCCGGCUUUUAUUAAAUUCUUUCCCGGCGUUGAAACUGCUGCACUUGCGUCAUAUUGGAAAGGUGUUGCCUGAGUACUUCAUAUUGGAAGCUAUCAGAAGACUUCCCUUGUUGCAAAAACUUGCAAUCGACUUGUGUGAUGCAGCAAAUGAGAAGUUCUCAUUUUCUGAGGGGGUGGAAAGGUCAGCCUUGAAGUCUGUAUACAUCAAUCGAUGCAAAAGUGUAAGGGACGCUUUCUAUGGUGUGAGAGACUUGACAUCUGAGGGCAUCAGUCCUUACGACAGCCGAACACAUAAGGAUACCAUCGUGCUGGAGUGGAACUCGGUGCGGCUUACAGAGUCGGUUGUGAAUGAAAGACUUACUUUUGAAUAAGGGUUGAGCUUCACAAACUGUUUUUCGUGAUAGCCUCGCAAUCAGUUAUUACCGCUUGAGUUAUUCCUGCUUCUGUUCGUGGGCUUAAUUACUCCUUCGGAAAAUAUAAGUUUUUAUUAUUUCUCCUAUUUCACUUCCAUCGCUUCUGCCCUAUUUGUAAUGUAUAAUAUAAUGCGAUUAAAACAGGGCAUGUAAGUAUAUUUUA